UAUCUGAUUGACAAUGGCGACGGUUAAAGACGAGGGAUAUUCCCCUCAAAGUCUUGAAUGCCGCGCUUGCCAGGAAGUCUUCAAAGAGCCAAAAAUUCUUUCCUGUCUACAUUCAUUCUGUCUCAAGUGUCUUGAGAGUUACGAUCUAAUUGGCGCAGGGACUAAAUCUCUCGUUUGUCCUCUUUGUCGUAAACUGACGGCGAUUCCCGACGAUGGCCCCAAAAUGUUACCAGAUAAUUUUCUUCUCACCAACGCUUUGGACCAACUUUCCGUCAAAUCGAGUAAAGAAUACGUCCUUCAUUGUACCAACUGUGAAGACAAUUCCGAAGCAACUUCAAGAUGUCUGGAUUGCGCCGAGUUUUUGUGUGUUACUUGCGUUCAUGCUCACAGAAGAAUUCGUGUUACCAAAGACCACAGAAUAUUGUCCAUGGACACUCUUCAGGCCGACAGAAAGACGCUGCAUCGCCCGUCCUUUUGUACGCAACAUGGGGAUGAGUUCUAUAUGUUUUACUGCACCCAAUGUGAUUGCUUGAUCUGCCGGGAAUGUACGAUUCUGAACCAUCGCGGCCAUAAAUAUACAGGACUUAGAGAGGCACUUGAUGAGAGAAAACUUCUGAUUGAUGAACUCCUGCAGUUUUGCACUGGUGUGAAGAUCCCUCCUGUCCAGGAAGCAGUGUAUGAAGUCAAAGCCAUGACCGCAAAGCUACGCGGACGCGCAGACGCAGUCAAGCAUGAUAUUUGCUCGGCAGCUGACGAGUGUGUCAAGCGCAUUUUGGCGCGGAAACAACAGUUGAUUGCUCAAGUAGAUGAAAUGACGCUGGCCAAAGAAAAUGUACUGCGGGCUCAACAAGACCAACUUGAGAUGGAACUUUUUAGGUAUACCAGCUCACGUGACUUCGUAGAAAAUGUACUACUACAUGGAAACGAGGUAGAAAUCAUUCAGUUACGUCAGCUGAUGACCAAUCGCCUUGAAGAAUUGAAUGGCAUAGAGCUCGACUACAAGGAGCCCGAGGAAAACGACGUAAUUGAUUACAUCCUGGAUCAUGAGGCAGUGCAGGAAGUUGCCAUGACGAUGGGUCAUGUGACAUCUUCUAAGACGUUUGCAUCCCUGUGUAUGGCAACGGGCCUUGGUAUCAAAACAGGAAAAGUUGGAGUGGAGUCUACGUUUACAAUCCAGACCAAAGAUCGUUUCGGCAAUAAAUCAUUCGAAGGCGAUCACUGCAAUCCCCUUCACGUGGUCAUCCAAGCACCGGAAGAAUUUUUCAUAGGCAAUCACGUGACAAACAACGAGGACGGCACUCUGUCCGUGCGUUACACGCCCGUGACACGUGGCAAGCACGUGAUUAACAUCACUAUCAGAGGCAGGAAGAUCCAGGGAGCACCAUUCACGGCGAAUGUGGUUGAAGGGAUAGACUAUAAGAAUGUUGGUCCGGUUUUCCUCAAGUUUGGCUCAAUGGGAUCAAAAAGUGGAGAAUUCAAACAGCCAAGUUCCGUUACCACAGAUUCAGAAGAUAACAUCUACGUCACAGACUUCGUCAACUGCCGAGUCCAAAAGUUUGAUAAGUUUGGCAAGCACGUGCGUGACAUUGGCAGCAAGGGGAGCAAAGAUGGACAGCUCAUGAACCCGUGUGGGAUAGCCGUGGAUCACACUGGAAUGAUCAUAGUCUCUGACUGGGGUAACCAUAGGAUACAGCUAUUCAAUUCAGAAGGGAAAUAUGUUACUAAAUUUGGAAGUAAAGGUUCCGAAGAGGGAAAGUUCUUGCAUCCAAGCGGCAUAGCGUUAAACAAAAAUGGAAGUCUCGCAAUAAUCGACAAAGACAACAACAGAAUCCAAUUGAUAAAGCUCGAUGGCACCCACAUCAAGUCAUUUGGUUCCCCUGGCGACAGUGACGGCCAGCUCGAUUGUCCCAGCCACAUAGCUGUCGCCCAUGACGACGGUUACUUAGUAACCGACACAGGAAACAACCGCAUCGUGAAAUUCGACGCUGAAGGCAACUUCGAGUGGAAUUUUGGUACCAAGGGGAGUGGUAACGGUAGACUUGACAGACCCGCGGGUAUUACAGUCGAUCCCGAGGGAUUCAUUCUCGUCACAGAUUUCCAGAAUCAUCGGAUACAGGUGUUUGAAGCAGAUGGUACCUUCUUUGCUAAGUUCGGUUGCGAAGGAGAUAAAGAAGGACAAUUCAAGUUCCCGACAGGCCUUGCGAUGACAAAGGAUGGUCACGUGGUCGUGGCUGAUAGGCAUAAUCAUAGAAUUCAGGUGUUUUAAAGGUCAAAUCUGACACUAUAUGAUACAAUGCUACAUUCAAGAGAUCUGUUGAUGCCAAGAGAAUUGCGAAGGACUGCCCCGCUGUCAUUAAAACAUGAAAUUUGGAGUGCAUCUUAUCGUAUCCUUAUAACUUGUAAAUACAUGUAAAUGAUAAAAAA